CCUAAGUAACGGAAACGAGGGCAAAGAUGGAAAGAAGAAAAUGAUAUAUAUCCCCGAGAUAGUGCGGCGAACCACCAGGCGAUCUCAAAAACCAUCAUCGCCGAGUCUUGAGUCUUCACAAGAAAACGGAUUCGAGUCUCUGGAAUUCAUCUCAACGGUGUCGCAGCCGGACGGCUCCGCUUCACCCUGUUCACUGAGACGGAGUGCGAGCACAGACGGUCGUGCCACGAAUAAAGAUAGCGGAACUUUCAUCAGUCCAAAAGCUCGCCGAAAGGUCAAUGAUGCAGUGAACAUGCACCAGCUGUGUCUCGUCAAGCAGAGCUACGGCAGCACAUCCCCACUAUCGUCGCCAGCAUCAUCUCCCAACACCUCACUCACACACCUCCACGCAGAACCACUCGAGACUUCUCCCAUAUCAUCACCCACUGAUUCAUCCAAGUUGUCUCGCCUACCCCCCAAGGUUACUACGGGCAGACCUCAUCUGCGUGUGGCGAAGGGUAAGAGUAGUAGUUGUCUUGUGACUAUCGAGAGCCUCGAGGAGCUGUCUGACGCAACACACUUUGCACUAAGUAACGUACGCUCUCGUACCAACUCGAACAUCAAAGCACCCUCUCAGCCACGCUCACCAACCCCAACACACAAGUCACACAUGGCUACCUGCAGGCGUACGCCCAUGCUGUACUCCAGUUUGAUAUCUUCACUUGACGGAUCUGAAGGCGAUGACCACGAGCAAAGCACACAGACCCAAGCAAACGGCAGCGGUACGGACAGCGGGAAAGAUAAAGAGAAGGAGAAGAAGUGGAAAGUGGGCAACAGAGGCAAAGCCAACUCAACUUCCCGACCAAACAGUGGCGCGUGUCUACAGGAGCGUACGCUCAAACUGAGAGUCAUUGAGGCGAAGAACCUACCCACAUUCAGCAGCGAGGAUGACACUCAAGUGUACUGUGCAGUGCGCGUAGACGAUGGGCUGGUGUGUAACUACAAGACACGCACGCAGAAGAAAACGCAGAAUCCCUUCUGGGACCAAAGCUUUGAGAUUGCCCUUAAUUCGGCGAAUUUCAGCAAGUGUAUAAUCGAGGUGUGGUCCAAGCAACGCAUCUUCAAGGACGUUCUGCUGGGGCAGGUGAACAUUCCACGUCUUUUCCUGGCACAAGAUUCGAUUGCGCACGAGCUUUGGUUUCCUCUUUCUGCUGAGACGAAGGACAGGGACAAUGGCAUUCCACACGUAUUCCAAACCACUGUCGUCAACGUGUCCGUCUUCUGUGCCAUCUGCCAGGGCGUGUUGCUUGGUCAAGGCAACAGUGUGUGCAAAUGUGACAAGUGUGGUGUAGUGUCGCACCCGAAUUGCGUGAGCAAAGCUCGCAAUGAUUGUGGAGCCAAGGGGUCGUUGAGGGCUGAGGUGCACUUUGUCGAUGAGGUGACACUGCCCUUAGACUACUACUCGGACUUUCUGGAUCUGCUGCUCGAGAACGACCCUCAUGAAUUGAACAAGCUUAGAAAGUUCAUUGCACACAUGGCUGCAGCGGAUAUCAAGGCCACCGCCACACUACUGAUGCGCGUGUACGAGGCAUGUUCAACGCCUCAGCAGAACCACUCCAUGGCCUUCAUCAACACGGUUUGCAAGGAGGAAGUCAACGAGACGACUAGCUACACCACCAUCUUCAGGGGGAAUUCUCUGGCCUCCAAGUUCAUGGAUUCCUGGAUGAACCGAAUAGGUAUUGCAAAAGUAUACAAGCGUGUCCCUAUUUUCAGUUAA